CUCGUGCACGAAACAUCUCAGCAGCUGCUGAACUUUGGCGCACGGCGUCUGUUUGGAGGGUUCCGCUUUCGUAGCUGGCUGUCAUGAAGACUCUUGCGGAGCCUCAAUCGUGCGCACAACAGAUUGUGCCGGUGCAAACGUCAAGCCCUGCCAAAAAAGCUGCGAAAAAAAACGUUGUACGCGUCCCACGAUACAGUGCGAGGCACGGGCUUUUUCCUCGCGCGUCGAGCCACUUCGGCGACGGCGGUGCCUUUCCUGAAGUGCACGUUGCGCAAUACCCCUCUGCAUUUGAAACCGGCAACUCCGACCCGAAAAAGCGGCAGGGCAUUUCAUUUUCGGACGUGUCCGCUGAUGUCUUGAGCUCUUGCUGCGGUCCGGCACCUUCUUCAGGUGUUUCAAGACAAACAGGGGCUUUGCAGGACUCGCUGCAAGUUGCUGACAGGCCAAGUAGACAGGAAACGGAAGCUGUAUUGGAGAAAACCAAGGCGGUCCUUGUCAUGAGGGUUGAUAAGAACGCUGCCGACCAGCAACCGAAGGUCCCUGGUAGUCUGCCGGCACCGGAAUAUGUCAAAUACGCACCGUGCACACUCUCCGAAGAUUUAAGAUCUAGCGGCACCUGUCGUCUGAUCAAAAUUCAUGACGUCGCCCGCGAUCCACUUGAACCCCCAAGGUUCAGGCACAAAAAGGUUCCGCGCGGUCCUGGAUCUCCUGCUGUGCCUGUAAUGCACAGUCCUCCUCGUUCUGCCAGUUCUGAGGAGCAGGCUGACUGGAAAAUUCCUCCCUCAAUCUCAAAUUGGAAGAACCCGAAAGGAUAUACAAUUCCGCUCGAUAAACGCCUCGCGGCCGAUGGAAGAGGCUUGCAAGAAGUUCAAAUAAACGAUAAUUUCGCGAAACUCUCCGAGGCGCUAUAUCUGGCAGAGCAUAAAGCGCGGCAAGCUGUAGACGCGAGGGCGAAAAUCAGAGAGAAAUUACUGCGACGCGACAAAGAAGUGAAGGAAGAAGAAUUGAGAAAAUUAGCCCGGCAUGCACGCAUCGAGCGUGUGAACACAUCCUCGCUUUUCGAGCGCAGCUCUACUCGAUUGGAUGAGCAGCGUUUGAUUGAUGAAAAAGACUCAGGAGCUGGCAAAGUCGACCGAGCUGCGGAAAAGCAAUUGCGAGACUCGUUACGUGAAGAACGCAAAAGAGAACGAGGAAGAGAAACCCGUUUGGAGGUUAGUGAAAAUAACUUCCGCAAGAGGAGCAAGAUUUUGCGAGAGGGUGAUCGUGACAUAAGCGAACAAAUCGCUUUGGGACAAUCGAAAAUUGCAUUCGGUCAUGCGCAGCAAACAUAUGACCAGCGCUUGUUUGAUAAGGACCAAGGGCUGGGCAGCGGGUUAGCCGGGGAUGAUGCAUACAAUCUCUAUGAUCAACCGCUGUUUCAGAAAGGCAACGAUGAUCACCUCGUUGGCAUCGCAGAAGACGAGAAACUGCAAAUGGAAUUCAAGCGCAAUGACGAUAGUAUUAAAGAUCCUUUUGGUUUACAUACAAUUUUGGAUGAAGUAAAAAAGGCUUAAGAUGCUGUUGUUAAGAUAUCUAUGGAAAUAAGCGCCUAAAAAUAUGCUGCCUUGCAGGCGCCAGAGUCGACAUCAUCAGCCACAUAUCUAAAAGUGUAACCGUAUGCUACGCAGCUUUGCGAUCGGAAAGGAUGGCUUCACGGGUAGCGCUUAUUUGUGAGUGACGAGGGACGUCGCCAUUAAACGCCGGGAAAAAUCAGGUACAGCCGUCCUUCAGAUAGAUAGAAGAAAUCUGGAUUGAAGCAACAAUCCACAGAUUCAUUAAUGCAGCAAAAGCAAAAGUCAUUUCGGAAGUUCCUGGUUUCCAGUGUUUUUUUAAUAAAAUUGAAAGUGUGCUAUU